AUGAUAUCUCAACUUGCAACCCUUCAAUACAAUGUACCGAUGCUCAUCACUGCAGCAACUGUCUUGUUGGUUCUAAAUUAUGUACUUGGAGCGCUUUUCAACCCUUUACGUGAUGUCAAAGGCCCAACUCUUGCGCGAUACACUCGUCUGUGGGAGGCGUACAAGAACUGGCAAGGCCAGUUGGAGCACGUCACAGUUGCUUUACAUAAACAAUAUGGUCCUAUCGUGCGGCUUGGUCCGAACCGUUAUAGCAUUAGCGACCCGACGGCAAUUCGCACUAUUUAUGGCACUGGCUCAAAGUUCAGCAAAUCCGAUUACUACACCCCAUUUGGUACGCCAUUGGACCACAAGGAUGUCUUCUCCGAGAUAGUCAAUGAGAAGCAUGCCGCGGAGCGCAGGAAGAUCUCCAACAUGUACGCCAUGAGCUCUUUGGUAUCCUACGAACCAUUUGUAGACAAAGUGAAUGGUGAUUUCAUGGCCGUGUUGACCAACCAUGCUCAGCAUGGGCGCGCAUUUGACUUGUUUACUUGGAUGCAGUUCUACGCGUUCGAUGUCAUUGGCGAAAUCACCCUGGGUCGAUCAUUUGGUCUUCUUGAAGCCGGUUAUGACAAGGACGGGCUUCUGCAUGCGGUUCAUAUCGGAUCGAUCACUUACGGUUCAACAGUUGGACUCAUUCCUGAGAUUCAUCGUUGGUAUCUCUGGCUCCAAAAGGUUUUUCCAAUUGACAGCCACUGGAAAGUCACACAACGAGUGAUAUUGAGGGAGAUUGGUGCCAGGCUGCAGGGCGGCUGUGCCAACGAUCGCAAGGACUUUCUUGCAAAGUGCAUUGAGUUGAGCAAAGUUGGAAAGCUGGACCAGUCCACAAUUAACAAUGUGCUUGGUGUCAAUAUUGGCGCUGGCUCCGACACAACUGGUAUCAGCAUGAGUGCUAUCAUCUACUUCCUCAUGAAGCAUCCCCACUGUUUGAAGAAGCUCCGUGACGAAAUAGAGACGGCUGAGAGGGAAGGUAAUAUUUCUAGCCCCGUUUCGUUUCAAGAAGCUCAAAAGCUUCCCUAUCUGCAAGCUACUAUCAAAGAAGCCUUGAGACUGCAUGCAGCAGUCGGCCAAAUUCUAAGCAGAGUUGUUCCGGAGGGCGGUGCACACAUCGCUGGGAGACACUUCCCACAAGGUACUGUCGUGGGCGUGAACGCAUGGGUGGUCCAUACUGAUGAAAACAUCUGGGGCAAAGAUGUACAUGAGUUUCGACCGGAGCGUUGGCUGGUUGAUAAGGAACAAGUUGCCUUUAUGGAUCAGAACUACUUAGCGUUCGGAGCCGGUUCAAGAACAUGCAUCGGCAAAAACAUCUCAUUCCUCGAAAUGACAAAGCUUUUACCCCAAUUAGUGCGGCGUUUUGACUUUGUUCCUGCAGGUGAUAGCCAGUGGACGACAAGCAGUGGGUGGUUUGUCAAGCAAAGUGUUCAAGUAAAAGUUAUCGAGAGAGCGUAA